AUGUUGCCAAGGACGCUUCAUUUUGUUUGCCCUGCCUGGGGCCUCCGCCUCUGCAACCUGGCCCAGCUCUUGGAUUCCUACAGCCUUGUGACAAGCCCCAAGCUUCCAGAAAUGAGCUCCCUGGGGAUCCGGAGUUCCCAGAAGACAUGGGGCAAGAGGCUGGGAUCCCAAAUCCAGAUAUUUCUUCCAAGAGAGAAAGAGAAGAAGAGAGGCCAGAUCAGGCUCUGGGGCCAGCAGACAAUGCAACAUGAUCCCCAUUUGGCUGGCCAUGGGGUCAAGGCCCACCUGGCCCAGAGUCUAGGCCAGAUUUACCAAAAUGUCCUCAUGAGCUCAGCAUCCAGGAAGCUUGGGGAAGGCCAGCUGGACCCCCAAGACAGAGAUGAGAGUCAGUGGCUGUCCAAUCACUGCAUGAAGAUGGGUGAUGCCUAUGUCAUUGUGUACUCGGUCACCGACAAAGUGAGUUUUGAGAAGGCCUCGGAGCUGCGCAUUCAGCUACGGCGCGCCCGCCAAUCAGAGGACAUCCCCAUCAUCCUUGUGGGCAACAAGAGCGACCUGGUGCGUUCCCGGGAAGUCUCCGUGGACGAGGGCCGGGCCUGUGCCGUGGUGUUUGACUGCAAGUUCAUCGAGACAUCGGCUGCCCUUCACCACAACGUCCAGGACUUGUUUGAGGGCAUCGUCCGGCAGAUCCGGCUCCGGAAGGACAGCAAAGAAGACAACGCCCGGAGGAUGGCCAACACCAAGAGGCGAGAGAGCAUCGGCAAGAAGGCAAAGCGCUUCCUGGGCCGGAUUGUGGCCAAGAACAACAAAAAGAUGGCUUUCAAGGCCAAAUCCAAGUCCUGCCAUGAUCUCUCUGUGCUCUAGGCAGAGCUCCUGGGGGGAGGGGGGAAGGGGAGCACCCCAAGGGGUGGCACCGAGGGAUUCUUGAUAGGCACAGGGCCCCUAUCCAUGCUAUAGUGGAAUGAGCGCUAGAUUCGGAGUCCCAGGACCUAGGACUGUGCCACUAACUAUGUGAUCUCGGACAAGUUACUACCCCAGUUUGGGACUUGGUUUCUUCAUCUACAAAAUGAGGGAAUUGGACAAUUCAAUAGCUUGAAAUCCACGAUGCCUUAAGAUUCAGUGAUGAUUCUGGGAAGGAGGCUGGAGGCUGAAAGCAGCUGGAGCUCCAGCCUUGGCCCUUGGGGGGCCUCCUCCCAGCCAAGGGGCCUCACCCCUAUGGCCUGGCUGGAGCUCUGGGUGCUCCGGUGGCUUAUCGGACGUGACUGCCCCGCCGCCAGUCAUCCCUUGAAAGAGGCCCCAGGACCUGGGUACGCAGGCCCGUACUUGUUUCAGACCCCUGUGGGGACAGUCGAAACCACAUCCCAGUGGGAGAAAAGGAAUGGGGAGGGAGGGGGCGAUUUGGUUGAAUAUUUUAUGCAGUAAGUUAAUAUUGCACUUACAUUUAAGUUGUUGGAUGAAUUUGUAAUUUGUUUAC